AUGGAUGGCAUAAAAUUAAAAGCUGAUUGCAGCAGUUAGCUAGUUAGACAUUUUUCUCAGGAUAGCGAGCUUUUUCAAUAUAUUGCUGAUAACUCUUGGGUUCUUGGAGAAGAUAGAAUGAUGAUAGAAGAAAAUGAAUGUUCUAAUUAAGUCAUAGAAGAUAUCCAAGAAUUUUUAAGCAAAAAUAAAGAUUAGGGUUAAUAAUAAAAACAAAUCUCUGGAGUUGACUCAUAAAAAUUAAUAUUAAAUAUGAAUAAUGAACUGAAAUCACAGAGUAUAGAUCAAGAAAUGCUUGAGGGAGCCCUUAAAUCAGAUAUUGAUAGAGACUUAGAGGUUAAAGACAAUAACUAAUAGAUGAUUAUUUAGGAAAUUAAAGUGUCUAAUAUAUCUAAUGACAAUGAUUAUUUUGACUAUAAUUCUUAUCAGAAUAAUUACAAUCUAUAAAGUAUUACCGGUUGUCAACAAAUAAAGGAAAAGAAUGUAUAGAAUAUAAGGUUAGACACUAAGCCCGUUUUACAUUAUGUCGCUCAUAAAGCGGGAAUGGAUUCCAUAGAUUAAGAGAAAAUUAAUUCUGCAAUAAUGGAAGCAUCUGAAGGAUCUUCUUACUUCAAGAAAGAGAUAUAAAGAACAGAAUAAGCUAAGUAAAAAGCUAUUGCUUUUAAGAAAAAGAUUUAAACUUAUGAAAAAAAUCCUAAACUUUUGAAAGAGGCUGUUUCUAACUCACAAAGAUUUAUUAAUGAGAUCGAAAGGGAGAGAUGCCUUAAUAGAACUUGGAUUCAUGUAGAUAUGGAUAUGUUUUUUGCAGCUGUGGAAAUCAGAGAUAGACCAGAGUUAGCAGAAAGACCUGUGGCGAUUGGAAGUUUUAGUAUGGUAUCAACAGCGAAUUAUGUUGCUAGAAAGUUUGGUGUAAGGUCUGCUAUGCCAGGGUUUAUUGCAAAGAAACUGUGUCCUCAACUCACAUUCAUACCAAAUGAUCAGUCAAAAUAUAGAAAAGUUUCAAAGGUAUUUAAGCAGAUCCUAUAGAAUUAUGAUCCAUAGUUCGAAUCAUUAGGGUUAGAUGAAGCCAACUUAGACUUAACAGAUUUCCUUAUUAGCUAAAACAUAGACAAUGAAGAAGGAAGAUAGAAGGUAGUCAAAGAGAUUCGAGAUCAAAUAUAUGUAGAAACUCGUCUAACAUGCAGUGCUGGAAUAUCAUGCAAUAGAAUGCUGGCCAAGAUAUGCUGUGAUAUAAACAAGCCGAACGGUCAAUAUUAUCUAAAGCCUGAUAAAGAGACUAUUAUGAAUUUCGUUAAUAAUCUUCCAGUGAGGAAGAUUCCAGGUAUUGGAAGAAUGACAGAACUGGUUUUAUCUCAGCUAGGAGUCUUCAAGUGUUAAGACAUCCUAGCAAAAGCAUAUGAAAUCCAAAUUUUUUUUAAACCUCGUACUACGAAUUUUCUAUUAAGAGUAGCUCUAGGAAUUUCAAGAAAUUAUCACGAAGAAGAAGAUGAUGAUUGCCAAAAAUCUAUAGGUAUAAGUGAGACAUUUAGGCCAAUAACUUAGCUAUAGCAAUUCAAAGAAAAAAUAUCAUAAAUCUGUGAAUAACUAGCUGAUAAAGUUGACAAAAGAAAACUUGCAGGGUUAAACAUAAGUUUAGAAAUUAAGACCACUGAAUACAACAGUAAACCUGCACGACUUCUAGGUGUUAAGCUAUAUAAUCUGAAAAACCAGCAAGAAGUAAAAAAGGAUAAAAGUUUGAAAUCUUUUUUCAGCCAAAAGUUGUCAAAAGAGGAUCAUCUAAAGCUUAAUGAAUAAAAUUUAAAGAAAAUAGAAAUUUCACCCAAAAAAUUAGAUACCCCUUAACCCUCAAAUAUCACAAGAGAUGGCAGCAAUCAAAUGAAUCAAAUAAUUAAUUUAGAAAAGCAAAGGAAAAGAGUGUAAAAUUAGAAAGUGAAAUAAUUGAGAAACUAAGAAAAAGUUGUCAAAAAUUAGAUAAAAGAAAUGAUUAAAUAAAUGAAGGGAACAUCUCCUGAGUAAAAUGUUAGUAAAGCUUUUGUAAUUAAUGAAGAUUAACUUGGAUUAAUAUUCGAUGAGAAUUCUAAUCUUUAGGAUUUAAAUUAGGUAGUUUCAACCUUAAUUAAAUAGUCAAAAAUUAAUGCCUAGAUUGAUUAAAAUUCUUUGAAAAUCAAGAAAAAAAGAGGGAGAAAACCUAAAAAUUUAAUUACCUCAAAUAAUACCAAGAAGCUUGAUAGCUUUUUUAAGAAAUGA